UCCAUUGGCUCCUAAAGUACGAGAUGCAGACAUGGCGGGGUGAAUAUAUGAUGAUGGAAUCCUCUUUACCCAACUUAGUGUGCAUAGAACAGCUAUUCUCGCAGUUUAUCUUGUAUCUAUCACCGGGAUCACGUUAAUCGCGCGGUGUACUUAGUCCGAGAUGCAUGUACGCCAAUGGUUUGAUAACCUACCCAUGCCUUUCUUGUGUUUAGUCAUAUUGUCCGGUGUUGGCUCUCAAAGAUAAAUGUCGAUGUAAUUACCCCACCUGUCAGGAGUUUCUUCGACUACCUGUUUACCACUUAGAAAUUCAACCUUCUUAGAGUUCUCUCACACAUAACCAUUGAUCAACGCGUCUACAAUGUCUAGCCAGGAAAUCGUACUCUUUGACUUGCCAUCUAAACCACCAAACAAGUCGUGGUCGCCGAACCCAUGGAAGACUCGGCUGGCCCUGAACUAUAAGGGUAUUCCUUACAAGACAGAAUGGAUUGAAUACCCAGAUAUCAAACCCAAAUUCCAGGAGCACCUCCCGAAAGCGGAUCUUUACACGAUCCCUACCGUCGUUUUCCCUGAUGGUAAAUGGGUAAUGGACUCGCUAGAGAUCGCCAAAGUGCUCGAGGAGAGAUACCCAGAGCCGAGCCUACAUCUAAACUCGCCUUACAUAGCAAGGAUCUUCGAACAGCUUACCAACUUGAGGGAUCCCAGCCUUGCUAUCUUCGUCCCGGGAGUGCUCUUCAACGUCUUGAACGAAGCUAGCCAGGACUACUUCCGCACGACGCGUGAGAAGGCGAUCGGAAAGAAGAUGGAAGAUUUAGCGAAGGAGGGCGGUGCGCCAGCAUGGAAAGCUGCCGCACCUUACGUGCAGAAUGUUACCGCAUUGUUGCAGGAGAAUCCCGAAGGACCGUUCUUCGAGGGGAAGACCGUGGGUUUCGCUGAUUUCAUCUGGGCUGGAUGGCUUCUCUUCAUGGGAAGAAUUAGCGAAGAGUCGUUUGCGGGGGCGCUAGAAGCUUCUGGAGAACCCGAGGUUCACUUGAAGUUUCUUGAGGCCUUAAAGCCUUGGACUGAGAGAGACGAUCACUAGUCUUCUUGAAAUCGCUUGCAAGGUGGGAAGGUUUCUAGAUCUACAGCACUACCAAUUAAAUGAAAUGAAAUGUUAGUAUAUUGUUACCUGAAUCUAGAUCAAAUAAAGUUCGAAUGCC